AUGGAGAAUGAACAAUGGUGCACCAUAUGCUCUAAAAUGGUGAGCCCAAUAAGUGAAUAUGAAAACAAAUGUCCCUUUUGUGAUACACAAUUUGGUGAUGGAAUUGAAAAUCUAAGUGAUCAUCAUAAUAAUGAUGCCAUUGAUUUAAGGUCAGCUUGGGUUUUCUCACUUUAUGCACCCAUUUUUCUUGGUUUGAUGAAUGCUUUUAGUCCUUCUCUAGCUACAAUUUCUUCACAAGAAAGUAGCACAUCAAGAAAUGAUGAAGAUUUUGAACAAGAGAGAGGAAACUACAAUGAACUUGUCAUUGGCAGAAGGAGAAGAACUUCAACUUACAUGAUGCAUCUCUUUAGAGGACUUCAUGUUAGAAUGGUUUCAGAAAAUGAAAACAUAGAACAAAAUAGAAACAUUAUUGAUAGUAAUAGUGCAUUAAUUGUUAGAGGGCCUAAUUUGAAUCACACAAAUUUAAAUAGGUCAAAUGAAAAUAAUAUUAAUCCUAGUACUAUUGGAUCUUUGAAUGAUUUUGUGGAUGGAAGUGGAUUUGAUUUAUUGCUACAACAUUUGGCACAAAUAACACCUAGUGGUUAUGCAAGUGUGAAUCCUCCAACAAAGAAGGAAGCAAUAGAAGCAAUGGAAAAUAUGAUAAAUGAUGAGAAAUUGCAAUGUACAAUAUGUUUAGAAGAUGUUGAGAUUGGAAGUGUUGCUAAAGAAAUGCCAUGCAAGCAUAAGUUUCAUAGUGAUUGUAUUGUUUCAUGGCUUAAACUACAUAGUUCUUGUCCGGUUUGUAGGUUUCAAAUGCCUUGUGAGGAUUCAAAUGCUUUGGCUAAUAUGGAAAAUGGAAAUAGAGAGAUUCACAAUAAUGAGGUUGUGAGGAGAGGUAGAAAUGGAAGGAGGAAUUGGUUUCCAGUGCUUCAAUCUUUUAAUAAUUUUCUUCCUUUUCCUUGA